AUGAUGAGACACUGGAAUGAAGCCAGGCUCAAGCAAGUCCAGACCAGGCUCUGACAGAUCAGCCCUGCCCAGAACGCAGACACAGCAAGGUGGAUUCCGCUAAGCGUCUACUGAGGGGUUGCAGGAAUGACGGAUAAUAUUCCCCUACAACCAGUGAGACAUAAAAAAAGACACGACAAUAAAAACAGGAAUGGGUGCUGCCCGUGGUCGAGAUGUUGUGGCAUGGGGGACUUUAGUCCCCGUACUGUGUGGCUGGGCCAUCCCGAGAAGCGUGAGCAAAGGUAUCCUCGAAACGUCAUCAACAACCAGAAGUACAACUUCUUCACCUUCCUGCCUGGGGUGCUGUUUAAUCAAUUCAAGUACUUCUUCAACCUUUACUUCCUGCUCUUGGCCUGCUCUCAGUUUAUCAAUGAGUUAAGACUAGGUGCACUCUAUACCUACUGGGUGCCCUUGGGGUUUGUAUUAAUCGUUACCAUCAUGAGAGAAGCAGUUGAGGAGAUAAGAUGUUUUAUUCGAGACAAAGAAGUGAACUCACAGAUAUACAGCAAGCUCUCAACAAGAGGCACAGUAAAGGUGAAAAGCAGUGGUAUUCAAGUGGGUGAUCUUAUAAUCGUGGAGAAGAACCAACGCGUUCCUGCUGACAUGAUCUUUUUAAGGACUUCUGAGAGAAAUGGCUCGUGUUUCCUGCGUACAGACCAGCUGGACGGAGAGACGGACUGGAAACUGCGCCUCCCAGUGGCAUGUACCCAGAGACUGCCCACCGCUGCUGACCUGCUCCAGAUCAGGUCCUAUGUGUAUGCAGAGGAACCAAACAUUGACAUCCACAACUUUGUUGGAACUUUUACAAGGGAGGAUGGAGACCCACCGGUCAAUGAGAGCCUCAGUAUUGAGAACACCCUGUGGGCCAGCACCGUCAUCGCCUCUGGCACUGUUGUGGGCCUGGUGGUUUACACUGGUAAGGAACUGCGAAGUGUGAUGAACACUUCCAACCCACGACACAAGGUGGGUUUGAUCGACCUGGAAGUGAACUGUUUGACUAAGAUCCUGUUUGUGGCCCUGGUGGUGGUGUCUCUGGUCAUGGUGGCCCUGCAGCACUUCGCCGGACGCUGGUACCUCCAGAUCUUCCGCUUCCUGCUGCUCUUCUCCAACAUCGUUCCCAUCAGUCUGUGUGUGAACCUGGACAUGGGGAAGAUGGUGUUCAGCUGGAUGAUCAGGAAGGACUCGAAGAUCCCCGGCACGGUGGUGAGAGCCAGCACCAUCCCAGAGCAGCUGGGACGCAUCUCCUACCUGCUGACUGACAAGACAGGGACUCUGACCCAGAAUGAAAUGGUGUUCAGACGCCUCCAUCUUGGAACGGUAGCCUAUGGGAUGGACUCCAUGGAUGAGGUGCAGAGUCAUGUCUUCAGCGCAUACACACAGCCCUCCCACGACCUCCCGGCCUCCAGGGCUCCGGCCGCCACCAAGGUGAGGAAGACCAUCAGCAGCCGCGUGCACGAGGCCGUGAAGGCCAUCGCCCUGGUGCACAACGUGACCCCCGUGUACGAGGCCAACGGCGUGACGGACCAGGCGGAGGCCGAGCAGCACUACGAGGACACUUGCAGGGUGUACCAGGCGGCCAGCCCGGACGAGGUGUCGCUGGUGCAGUGGACAGAGAGUGUUGGACUGACACUGGUGGGAAGAGACCAGUCCUCCAUGCAGCUGAGGACUCCUAGUGGACAGAUCCUGAACUUCACCAUCCUGCAGAUAUUCCCCUUCACCUAUGAAAGCAAGAGAAUGGGCAUCAUAGUUAGAGAUGAGUCCACUGGAGAGAUCACGUUUUACAUGAAAGGUGCUGAUGUGGUGAUGGCAGGCAUCGUGCAGUACAACGAUUGGCUGGAGGAAGAGUGUGGAAACAUGGCCAGGGAAGGCCUGAGGGUCCUGGUGGUCUCCAAGAAGUCCCUGACCGAGGAGCAGUACCAGGACUUUGAGGCCCGGUACGUCCAGGCCAAGCUGAGUGUCCACGACCGCUCCCUGAAGGUAGCCACGGUGAUUGAGAGUCUGGAGAUGGAGAUGGAGCUGCUGUGUCUGACCGGGGUGGAGGAUCAGCUGCAGGCCGACGUCAGGCCCACCCUGGAGAUCCUCCGCAACGCUGGCAUCAAGGUGUGGAUGCUGACCGGAGACAAGAUGGAGACGGCCACAUGCACUGCCAAGAACGCCCACCUGGUGACACGCAACCAGGACAUCCACAUCUUCAGACCUGUGACAACACGAGGAGAGGCCCACCUUGAGCUCAACGCCUUCAGAAGGAAACACGACUGUGCAUUGGUGAUAUCAGGAGACUCUCUGGAGGUGUGUCUGAAGUUCUAUGAGUACGAGUUCAUGGAGCUGGCGUGUCAGUGUCCUGCUGUGGUGUGCUGCCGCUGUGCUCCCACGCAGAAGGCUCAGAUCGUCCGUCUGCUGCAGGAGCGCACGGGCAAACUCACCUGUGCCGUCGGGGACGGAGGAAACGAUGUCAGCAUGAUCCAGGAAGCGGACUGUGGCGUGGGAGUGGAGGGCAAAGAAGGGAAGCAGGCGUCGUUGGCUGCCGACUUUUCAGUGACUCAGUUCAAGCACUUGGGCAGGCUGCUCAUGGUCCAUGGGAGGAACAGCUACAAGAGGUCUGCUGCCCUCAGCCAGUUUGUCAUCCACCGGAGCCUGUGCAUCAGCACCAUGCAGGUUGUCUUCUCAUCAGUCUUCUAUUUUGCCUCGGUCCCCCUCUAUCAAGGAUUCCUCAUUAUUGGAUACUCCACCAUCUACACCAUGUUCCCUGUGUUCUCCCUGGUGCUUGAUAAAGAUGUCAAGUCGGAGGUUGCUAUGCUGUACCCAGAGUUAUACAAGGAUCUCCUGAAGGGUCGACCACUCUCCUUGAAGACGUUUCUGAUAUGGGUCCUAAUAAGUAUCUACCAAGGCAGCAUCAUCAUGUACGGGGCCCUGCUGCUGUUUGAGUCUGAGUUUGUCCACAUCGUGGCCAUCUCCUUCACCUCGCUCAUCCUCACUGAGCUGCUCAUGGUGGCCCUGACCAUCCAGACCUGGCACUGGCUGAUGAUCGUGGCCGAGCUCCUCAGCCUGGCCUCCUACAUCGCCUCGCUUGUCUUCCUGCACGAGUUCAUCGACGUGUACUUCAUCACCACGGUGUCGUUCCUGUGGAAAGUGACGGUCAUCACCCUGGUGAGCUGUCUGCCCCUCUACAUCCUCAAGUACCUGAGGAGGCGCUUCUCUCCACCCAACUACUCCAAGCUCACCUCCUAGACCAGCAGCUCUCCUCACACAGUGACAAGAGAGGAGGCCUCCACCGCUGCCAUGCCCCCCAGCCUUGCUUCUGAGCCCAGACAACACUCCUGCUCCCCCCUCCUCCUCCACUAACAGAGCCUGCACUUUGACCUGAGGACUGAAAUGGGCUCUUCCCUUUUAAUUUAUUUGCAAAGGUACAUAACUGGAAUAAUCGGGGUAAAAAUGCUUGAUUUGAAAAGAGAGAAUGUUGAAGUGUGAGGUAGAUAUGUAUUUAAUUUAUCGGGUUUAACAAAGGUCUAAUGACUACUUGUCGAGACUCUUAAUGUUGGUUGUUGAAUUUGACUAUCAUUGUUUGAGAAACAGGAGGUCUGUUUUAGUUACCAACAGAGAAACGUGUGAUCUCCAUCAGAGUCAAUUAAAUAGAUGCCAUAAUGGACUAACCCAGGUUAAGAAAAAUGUAGUGAAUUUCUUUCUUUUUUUAAUGAAAUGUGGCUAGACAACUUGGAUGGCAUUCAGAAAUUAUUUAAAUACCGGUAGUAAUUGUAUUUGUUUAUUUGCAAAUAUUCUAUCCAGAAUGAAACACAAAAUAGCUUACUUUGGAAAAACUAAAAUACAUGACACAAUACAGUGGAUUAAGAAACUAAUAGUUUAAUAUGGUUCAGAACACAGACACAGUAAAAUGUAUAAUGUCUCAUGUGUGAAGCUUCUGGUCUUGGGACACUUUCUUUUAUGACAUUUGUGAUGGAAGGUUAAUGUUUGACAUGAGGAUGUCAGUACUGAUCAGGCACUGCUUAAACGCAAGUCUGUGUGGAAGUGUAAUUUGGUGCUUGUUUGUUUGUGAGUCACUCAGCCACUACUACCCAGUCCGAAAGAGGGAUUGUGGUUGUUUAUUUAGCAUGACCCAUUGCCUCUGACGUUCAAACCAGACUUGUCUUUUGUGUAAUGAUGCCGAAUCAGUUGUUUGUGUCUGAAGAGCAUGGUCAAUAUUCACCCUCUAACGGGUAUUUGCUAUUUGUAGCUGAUCCCUACCACUGGGUCUCCGAACUCACCAAGUGUUUGCCAGGGACUGGGUUCCCUCUCAUGUGGCUACGUCUGACUUGCCACACUCUAGCAUUGCAUGACUCACUGUAGUAGCGACCUGAAGCCAUAACUGAAAAUACUUUGACCACUGUCCGACUGGACCCACUAUCCCUCAGACGCAAGCCCUCGAGUUCAUACUGCUCCCACCAACCCUAACAGUCAUGUCUGUGGACGAACAAAGAACAAAUCACACACACACCUCAGCCAAAAGGACAGCAAAACUAAACGUGUUUUGGCAAGUAUUACAGCACAUUAAAAAACAAAUGUCAGCUCCCUCACUCCUUAUUCAUUCGAUAAUUAAAUGGUUCAAUGAUGGGAAUAGUGUAAAUAAUUAGUGUGUUGAAUUCCUGUUUUCUUUUUCGCUUAUGUGGACCAUUAUCAAAACUCCAUGAUCAAAACGUUUUCUUUUUUUAAUCUAAUCAUUUGUGUCCUACAGGGUGCCAUCCAUAUUUAUUAACUGUUUUACCUGCUGACUUUUUGUUUAAGAUUCAUUCCCCCAUUUAAGCCCUUUAUGCUUUUUGCACAGUUUUGUUUGUAUUAACAACUUUUUUGUUCUGGACUGUUCGUUUUGAUUACACUGUAAUCAUACAGGGAAUACCGUAAUUAAAUAGCUUUUUUAAUAUUGUGACAUGCAUAAUUGUGAAUAACCAGUUUUUAUUUAUUAAUGUUUGCCAUGUAUUGUUAUGUUUGUAUAAUUGCACUCAUAUUAGCACAACAGAAAGGUUGUACUGUGUUGAUUUGAACAUUGGUGGUGAUAAUAAAAUCUCAUGUUUUCAUUCGUA